AUGGUCGCCGAAUAUACCGUCCCUCGAUACUAUUAUCGAAAUGGGAAACCUGAAGUUUUGCAGCUCCAUGUUUUCGUCGACGCCAGCGAGGAUGCCUUUGCCGCGGUAGCCUACUGGAGGUCAACUAAUGCCGCCGGUGAGGUUGAAGUCGCAUUUAUAUCUGAAAAAACUAAAUGCGCGCCGAUGAAGUCAUUGACGGUCCCUCGAUUGGAGCUUCAGGCAGCUGUAUUGGGUACGCGUUUGCUGAAUUGCCUACGAGAGGAGCACUCCUUGCACAUCGAUGACUGCGUCAUUUGGAGUGACUCCAAAACAGUGAUCCAGUGGCUUCGAAGUGAACAUCGACGCUAUAAGCCAUUUGUGCAGCAUCGGAUCGCCGAGAUAUUAGCCACAACUACUACUGCAAACUGGAGAUGGCUACCUACCGAGCACAAUGUCGCUGAUGAGGCUACUCGAGCUAAUAACUUUGUCGACUUCAGCUCGUCCGCCCGUUGGUCCUGCGGCCCACCAUUUUUGUUACGAGAAGAGCAGUAUUGGCCGACAGAGAGCUCUACAUGCAAUCAUCAUGAGGAAGCUGACAAGGAACUACGUCCUAAAUUCGCCCUUGCAAUCGUAAGCUGUACGUUUCUAGACUAUAACCGAUUCUCUACAUUCAGUAAACUGGUGAGAACGACAGCAUGGGUCCUGCGAUUCAUUGACGUUUGCCGCCGCCGUAAACCGCCAGACCGAGGCUAUGGGUUGACUGCCAAAGAAGUUGAGACUGCUAAGCUUUGUUUGUGCCGCCUCGUUCAACGCGGUGAAUACGCCGAAGAGUUUCAGCACAUCGAAAGCGGUCGCAACCUGCCACGCACCAGUUCGCUCAUUCAACUUUCGCCGUAUAUAGACGAAGAUGGUGUUCUUCGUGUACGAGGACGCAUAGAAGCUGCCAGCUGGCUCCCAAUAAGCGCGAGACGCCCUAUCAUACUACCGCCAAAGCAUUGUUUCUCAAAUCUGGUCGCCAUGCACUACCACGUCAAAAUGCAUCAUCAAAAUCUAGGAGCUGACGUACGCACUUCGAGUGGAUUAAAGCGCCGUGCCGUCUCCAAAUUGGCAGUUCUGGACGUUGAUGAUGGUGAAUCGGGUUGA